UCACGCCUCUUAGCUCUAAAUCAUAAGCUUCUUUAUUAUGUUUUAGUAUUAUAGUAUUACAUGAUUAUAUAAAAAAAUAAAAUUUGGAGUCUACGUGAAAAACAUGAAACCACCUAGCAGCUCUGUGUGUAAGACCCAAGAGCGUUUCUCGAUAAGCCUCAUAUUCAGAUGCAUCAGAGUUCUCAUCAAUAGAUCUAUUUAUUUCUUAUCUUGUUAGAAAGUUUCCUUCAAAUUUCACUUUCUUCAAGUAUAUCUCUCUCUCUAUAUUAUUUGCUUUCUUGGGUAUUUUGAGAGGUUAAUUAUAUAUAUGAAACUUUGCCUACUGGUGUGAAUAUAUAGCGGCGAAAAAUGUCAAGAAAACCGUGUUGUGUCGGAGAAGGGCUGAAGAAAGGGGCAUGGACCACCGAAGAAGAUAAGCAACUCAUCUCUUACAUCCACGAACAUGGAGAAGGAGGCUGGCGCGACAUUCCCCAAAAAGCUGGGUUAAAAAGGUGUGGAAAGAGUUGUAGACUGCGUUGGACUAACUACCUAAAACCUGAUGUUCAAAGAGGCGAGUUUAGUUCAGAGGAGGAACAGAUAAUUAUCAUGCUUCAUGCUUCUCGUGGCAACAAGUGGUCGGACAUAGCGAGACAUUUACCUAGAAGAACAGACAAUGAGGUCAAGAAUUACUGGAACACGCAUCUUAAGAAACGUUUGAUCGAACAGGGUAUUGAUCCCGUGACUCACAAGCCAGUUCUAGCUUCUAAUUCCAACCCUACUGUCACCACGCCGCCAGAGAAUUUGCCUUCCCUUGCUGCGCCUAGUUCCGACGACAAGCAAUACUCUCGGUCGAGCUCAAUGCCUUCCCUGUCUCGUCUUAUCAACAAAGAUGGGACACCAGCUCAAGGAGGUUCCUUGAGUCACAGGAAACGUUUUAAGAAGUGGAGUUCUACAUCAAGGCUUUUGAACAAAGUUGCGGCUAAGGUCACUUCUGUAAAAGAAAUAUUGUCGGCUUCCAUGGAAGGUAGCUUAAGCGCUACUACCUUACCAUAUGCAAGCUAUUCUAAUGUCUUCUCUGAGCAGAUUCCCAAUGGUGAGGAUAGUUCCAACGCGUUCCUGACAAAUACUCUCGCUGAGUUCGAUCCCUUCUCCCAGUCACCAUUGUAUAAUGAGCAUGAGUUCAGCUCUACUUGCGAUCUCGAUAUAGAGAACGAUUUCUCACAUUUUCUUGAAAAGCUAGGAAGAGAUGACCACAACGAGGAGAACGAUAUGAAUGUCGAGUAUGGCCAUGAUCUACUUACGUCCGAUGUGUCCCAAGAAGUCUCAUCAACAAGCGUUGAUGAUCAAGACAGUAUGCUUGGAAAUUUCGAGGGUUGGUCAAAUUAUCUUAUUGACCAUGCUGAUUUUAUAUAUGACACGGAGUCUGAUUCACUCGAAAAGCAGUUCAUGUGAAUCUUCAUUUCCAGACAGAAAGGUUUCAAGCUGUUUGAAACUUGCCUGAACGAGAAGUUAUAUAUGUAUGUGUUUAUUAAUAUUUGGAUUGUUUUGUAGAUGUCCUAGAUUUCUUACUAAUCCCAAGUUUAGGCGUUGUAUGAUGUAAAAUAAGGAUAUCCUAGGUUUCCGCAAGAAUUAAAAAAAAAGAGUUCGAGUUAGGUUUUCUGUGAUAACAUGCAUGUAAUCUCGCGGAUCAAUUGGUAAUUGAUUUGCGCAGGCCACUAUGUUUUAGAAUAUUAAAUAUAAUAAAG